UACUUUGAUAUUGCCUUGCGGACACACUUUUGGACGUGGAGGAAUAGAACAAGUUAAACAAAAGGAAAGUUAUGAAGGGAAAUCAAAAGGUGGCAAAGAAGAAGGGAGUCCCCAAUGAAAGGCGUCGUCUAUCUCUUAGGCCGAGACCGUCCCCUAUUGCAAAAACACCAGUAGUUGCUGAAGGGAGUAAGAAGAGUAAGAAGACUAAGAAGAGUACGCAAGAGAGAGAACCGAGUUACGUAUCGCUCUCAGUGACAGAUGAGUCCGAAAGUGAG